GGGUGCGCGCGGGAGGCGCGCGCGGGCAGUCGGGCAGCGCCCGGGCGGCGGCGGCGGGAGCGGCCGUUCCUGCCGCGGCCCCGCAGCGCCCGCGCGAGCCCCUCGGCGGCCCCUCAGUGCGGCGGGCGGCGCGCCGCGCCCCGGCAGGCAGGAUAUCAACUCCAGAUUUUUUUCCAUUUGGGUUUCCAAGUGCUGAGCUGCUCUGUGUACACCUGUAAGGAGGAAAUCCAACCAGUGAAGCUGGAAAAUUGGAUAUUUUGGCUGUUGGUGUGAAGAGAAUUGCUGUGUUGGUGAGGGAUGCUCUGUCAGAGGAUGGUGCUGGAGCCUGGAGUUAAUCUGGCAAAACUUGAAGCAUUGCUAACAUGAUGACCUGACAAGAUAUAGGAUGGUCCUGACUAUGCAGCACAGGUACUGAUGGAAAAGGAUCCAAUAUGAGUGUAAAUGAUGUUGGAGGAAGACGACGCUUUGAAGAUAGCGAGUACACGCUGCACAUAUACCCUGGGAGCAUUGCAGAAGGGACUAUCUACUGCCCCAUCACUGCCAGGAAAACUUCCACGGCUGCUGAGGUGAUUGAUUCACUCAUCAAUAAACUUCAGCUUGAGAAAACAAAAUGCUACGUCCUUGCUGAAGUGAAGGAGUUUGGUGGGGAGGAAUGGAUCCUCAACCCAACAGACUGCCCGGUCCAGCGCAUGAUGCUGUGGCCUCGUAUGGCCCUGGAGAACCGCAUCAGUGGUGAGGAUUAUCGCUUCCUCCUGCGGGAGAAGAAUCUGGAUGGGUCCAUUCACUAUGGGAGCCUUCAGUCCUGGUUGCGGGUGACGGAGGAGCGUCGCCGGAUGGUGGAGCGUGGCUUCCUUCCCCAGCCGCAGCAGAAGGACUAUGAUGAUUUGUGCAGCCUGCCGGACUUGAAUGAGAAAACGCUCCUGGAAAAUCUCAGAAACCGCUUCAAGCAAGAAAAAAUCUACACCUAUGUAGGCAGUAUCCUCAUCGUUAUUAAUCCGUUUAAGUUUCUACCUAUUUAUAACCCCAAGUAUGUAAAGAUGUACGAUAACCAUCAGCUGGGAAAGCUGGAGCCCCAUGUUUACGCUGUGGCAGAUGUGGCUUACCAUGCCAUGCUUCAGCGGAAAAAGAACCAGUGCAUUGUGAUUUCGGGAGAGAGCGGCUCGGGAAAGACACAGAGCACUAACUUUCUGAUUCAUCACCUCACCGCCCUCAGCCAGAAGGGAUUUGCCAGCGGAGUAGAACAGAUUAUUCUAGGAGCUGGACCAGUGCUUGAGGCUUUUGGAAAUGCAAAAACAGCACAUAACAACAACUCGAGUCGCUUUGGGAAAUUUAUUCAAGUGAAUUACCAGGAGACUGGCACUGUGCGAGGAGCUUAUGUUGAAAAGUACCUCCUGGAGAAAUCAAGACUAGUCUAUCAGGAGCACAACGAACGGAACUACCAUGUAUUUUAUUACCUCCUGGCAGGAGCAAGCGAGGAAGAGAGAUCAGCAUUUCAUCUGAAGCAGCCUGAGGAAUAUCAUUACCUCAACCAGAUGACAAAGAAACCCCUCAGACAGAGCUGGGAUGAUUAUUGCUAUGACUCUGAGCUGGACUGCUUUUCCGUGGAAGGAGAGGACUUGAAGCAUGACUUUGAGCGGUUACAACUAGCAAUGGAGAUGGUGGGGUUUCUUCCCAAGACUCGCAGACAAAUUUUCUCUCUCUUAUCGGCGAUACUACACCUGGGUAACAUCCGUUACAAAAAGAAGACUUAUCGGGAUGACUCCAUCGAUAUUUGUAACCCUGAAAUACUACCUAUUGUGUCGGACUUGCUGGAGGUGAAAGAAGAGAUGCUGUUUGAGGCCCUGGUUACCAGAAAGACAGUGACAGUAGGAGAGAAGUUGAUCUUGCCAUACAAACUAGCCGAGGCUGUGACAGUGCGAAACUCCAUGGCUAAAUCGCUGUACAGCGCCCUGUUCGACUGGAUAGUGUUCAGAAUUAACCACGCACUUCUCAACUCAAAGGACGUGGAAGAAAGCACCAAGACUUUAUCCAUUGGAGUACUUGAUAUUUUUGGGUUUGAAGACUAUGAAAAUAAUAGUUUCGAACAGUUCUGCAUUAACUUUGCCAACGAGCGCUUGCAGCACUACUUUAACCAACACAUCUUUAAACUUGAACAGGAGGAAUAUAGAGCAGAAGGAAUUAGUUGGCACAACAUAGACUACAUAGACAACUCCAGCUGCAUCAACCUGAUCAGUAAGAAGCCGACGGGCCUGCUCCAUCUGCUGGAUGAGGAAAGCAAUUUUCCUCAAGCCACAAACCAGACACUGCUGGACAAGUUUAAGCGUCAACACGAAGGGAACUCCUACAUUGAAUUUCCAGCAGUCAUGGAGCCAGCUUUCAUCAUCAAACACUAUGCGGGCAAAGUGAAGUACGGAGUGAAGGAUUUCCGUGAGAAAAACACUGAUCAUAUGCGUCCGGACAUUGUAGCUCUCCUGCGAAGCAGCAAAAAUGCCUUUAUCUGCGGCAUGAUUGGGAUUGACCCCGUGGCCGUCUUCCGCUGGGCAGUCCUGCGGGCCUUUUUCAGGGCGAUGGUUGCUUUUAAGGAGGCAGGAAAAAGAUACGUGGAGAAGAAAACUGGGCAUGAUGAUGCAGUGCCAUGUGCGGUUUUGAAAAGUGUGGAUAGUUUUAGCUUUCUCCAUCACCCAGUUCAUCAGAGGAGCUUAGAGAUCCUGCAGAGGUGCAAGGAGGAGAAGUACAGUAUUACUCGGAAGAGCCCACGGACACCGCUCUCAGAUCUCCAGGGAGUCAAUACCAUCAACGAGAGGACCCAGCGUGAUGCCUAUGCAGUUGGCUGGAAUGGCCGGAUGGGGAUGCGGCACAGCAGGCUUGCCAGCCCAGGCACCUUCCUAGACAAAGAUGGGAUAUUCGUCAACGCGACCAACAGCAAGCUGCUGGAGAGGGCCCAUGGCAUCCUCAUGCGAAAUAAGAACUUCAAAGCCAAACCCAAUCUCCCAAAGCACAUGCUGGAUGUGAAGUCCCUCAAGCACCUAACCAACCUGACGCUGCACGACCGCAUUACCAAAUCUCUCCUUCAUCUCCAUAAGAAGAAAAAACCGCCCAGCAUCAGUGCCCAGUUCCAGGCAUCACUCAACAAGCUGAUGGAGACCCUUGGCCAAGCAGAACCUUAUUUUGUAAAGUGCAUUCGAUCCAAUGCCGAAAAGCUGCCCCUGCGGUUCAACGACAGCCUGGUGCUCAGACAGCUGCGGUACACAGGGAUGCUGGAGACUGUUCGCAUUCGCCAGUCCGGAUACAGCUGCAAAUACUCCUUCCAGGAUUUUGUGAACCAUUUCCAUGUCCUUCUGCCACAAGGAAUCAGCCCAUCUAAGCACAAUAUCCAUGAUUUCUUCCGGAAAAUAAAACUUGAUCCAGAUAAUUACCAAGUUGGAAGGACAAUGGUUUUCAUGAAGGAGCGGGAGCGGCAGCUUCUGCAGGACCUGCUCCAUCAGGAGGUACUGCGGCGUAUCACACUGCUGCAGCGCUGGUUCCGCAGCAUGCUCUGCAGGAGGCAGUUCCUGAGCUUAAGGCAAGCUGCAGUGAUCAUACAGAGAUUUUGGCGUAGUUACCAGAGCCGAAAGCAAGGUGAACCAUCCCCGGACCCUCUUGUCCUCAGCAAAGCCGCCCUUGUUCUCCAGACCCACUGGCGUGGCUUUGUGGAGAGGCGGAGGUUCCUGCAGAUGCAGUUUGCAGCCCACCUCAUCCAGAGCUGCUGGCGGGAGUACGUCAAGCGGCGGCAUGACGCAGCCACCAGCAUCCAGGCAGCCUGGCGAGGACACCGUGCAAAGCAGUCAUACACAGCCAGCAGAAGCAAAGUUGUCUGCUUGCAAGCGGUGUGCAGAGGAUAUUUAGCACGACAAAGGUUUAGAGCUUUGAAAGAGCAACAAUUAAAAGAGAUGCAGCUGGAGAACAGCCUGUCAGUUAGAGAAGAGGAUGUACUGGAAGCAGAUGAUGCUUUGGAAAUUAAGGGCUCCGACCCGUCUAAGUGGGAGGACGGCUCAUUUGAAGAGCGAGUGAGAGCUAUAGAGGAACAUAAAUCACUGAUGGAGAAUAAUCGAGUAAAUCACAUGGACCCACUGGAUACUUCUGCGAAUUUAUUGUACAACAGACACGAGAGAGCCAGUAGCCAGAGUGGGAUGGACACCGAAGAGGAGGUCAUUGUGAGAGAGAGACCCAAGUCGCUGGAGGAUCUUAACCAGAAAAAAGUAGUUCGUGCAAAAAGAGAAAGCCGAAGGAUGCGUGAACUGGAACAGGCAAAAUUUAGCUUGGAGCUGCUCAAGGUCCGGUCCACUGGUGGGCUGUCACCUUCAGAAGAGCAGCGGUGGUCCACUGAGCUUGUAUCUGAGGCACUUCAUUCCCCUCAGGGAACCCCAGAGAGCGAAAGUUCUCAAGGAAGCUUUGAGAUGUUAAGCUGUGAAGAUACCCCAAGUAAUAAACUUGUUCACUUAGUUUUAGAUGAGCAAGAUGUGCAGUUGUUUUCCACUGACUCUUUGCCCAGCAGUCCCCAGGCUCACCUGCAUGAGAAGCCAUUCUGUGCAGCAGAUGUGAACAGCAAUUUACCUGGUUGCAGAAGGAUGCCUUCAGACUUGGAGCUCCCUGAUAACCUCACUGUCAAAGAGCACAUGGUCUGUGACCCCCAGAACAUCAUAUACAAGGUGCAUCCAAGAGAAACCUCCAUUUCCAGCAACCUACCUACUUUCUAUGUUCCACCACAAGACAGCGUGAAGGUGAAGCUGAUGGAGAAUAACCUGAGGAACAAAGCAGUGGAAAGAGAGGAGAGGACAGUUACGUUCUCUGAGGUCAAGGACUCUGAGCCAGACCAGGGCAGAGCCUUGGGAAGGGAGGAAGAAAAGCCCUCUACCAAGAGAGAGGAACGUGGGACAGUGACUGCGACACAGGCCCAUUCUCCAGACUCCGUCAUCAAGAGACUGGAAAAGCUCAAUGUGGAAAAGGAGGAACGACAAAAGCAGCUUCAGCUGCAAAAUGAGAGGGAGAUGAUGGAGCAGAUCCGUCAACAGAAGGAAAUUCUGGAGAGACAGCGCAAAGCCUUCGAGCAGCAAGGCAGGGUGGAGGCUUUGCAGAAGGCUGAGCAGAGCAGAAUGAAGGACCCCUCCCUCAAACCAACCAAAAAACCAGACAGCCGGCCUCAGUCAGUCCUCAUCCUGCACCCCCAGAGCAGAGGGGAGCAUGGCCCCACCACAGGUGGGACUCCAGCCUCAUCAGUGGAUAUUAAAGGUCUCACUGUUGGGACCAGGGGAAGCUCUCCAGCCCACAGUGUCCCCAAAGACAGACCUGUCAGCAUGUUCCUGGAGCGAAGAGAGGGGCAAUCAGGAUCAACACUGGAACCCCGGUGCCAUUCCAGACCAGCUUUGGACCCCAGGGACUUCCCAGGCAGCCACUUCUCAAGGACAGAGCGCCUCCGGCAACCCCGAAUGGCCAACCAGGCCACUGAGGAGAUGAGGGCAAGCACUGUGUUCUUCACACCAAAAGACAAUCCCUUUGGCCUCCACAGAGAAGCAAAUCAUCAAAGCCUUUCCAAGGGUGAGCUAGCUAAGAAGCCAUUUAAGAUGCCGGGGUCUGGCAGAGGAGAGCAGGUUCCCAGACCGACCCAUAAAAAGAAAGCCCGCAUGGCGCGGACGCGCUCCGAUUUCUUGACUAGAGGUACUUUUGCUGAUGGGGAGGGGGAUACGGAGGAAGAUGAUUACGAUGGCCAUUUUGAGUUCCUUCUCUCCUCUGACCAACCUCCUCAUCCCGAGGUGGUGCCUGCAGCCCGGCUGGGGCAGGCCUGUUACAGUGACUCCGAAAUGACGGUGCAGCGAUUUGCUUCUGGAGAUGGCCAAACGAAACUGCACAAAACCAUGUCUCAGGGGGAGAUCGGGAAGCUGGCAGCUGCGCAGAAGAGCCUGGCUCCAGAUGGGAGGCCUCAGCGAGCCAAGAUGAGGUUCUGGGUAAAGGGAAAGCAGGGGGAGAAGAAGACCCCACGGGAGAAGCUUGCUACCCAGUCUGAGCUGCUGGAGCUGUACGCAGAGCAGGAAGCCCCCAGCAGGGAGGUGAUUCCUGGCUUGCAACUUGGUGAAGAAUUGGGUCCUCACCACCUGACCCCCCCACGGAGUCCUGAGCUGUCCGGUAUCUACCGCCGGGAAUUUAAGGAGAACAAGGAGCCCUCUCCCAAAGUGAAACGCAAGCGCAGUGUCAAGAUCAGCAAUGUGGCUCUGGAGCCUGUGCAAUGGCAGAACGACUCACUGCAGAUCAUAACAAGCGCUAGCGAUUUGAAGAGCAUGGAUGAGUUCCUCCUGAAAAAGAUGAACGAACUGGAUAAUGAGGACAGCAAGAAAGACACGCUGGUGGAUGUUGUGUUCAAGAAAGCGCUGAAGGAAUUCCGGCAAAAUAUCUUCAGCUUUUACUCCUCGGCGUUGGCGAUGGAUGAUGGGAAAAGCAUCCGCUAUAAGGACCUUUAUGCCUUAUUCGAGCAGAUUCUGGAGAAGACCAUGAGACUUGAGCAGAGGGACUGGAGUGAGUCUCCAGUUAAAGUCUGGGUCAACACCUUCAAAGUCUUCCUGGAUGAAUAUAUGAUAGAGUACAAACCCCUGGACUACACGGCAGUGAAGGUGCCAAAAACAGAACGAAAAAAGAGAAGAAAAAAGGAAGCAGAUGUGGUGGAAGAGCACAACGGUCACAUUUUUAAGGCGACCCAGUACAGCAUCCCCACCUAUUGUGAAUAUUGUUCCUCCUUGAUCUGGAUAAUGGACAGGGCUUCUGUUUGUAAAUUAUGUAAAUAUGCUUGUCACAAGAAGUGCUGUCUUAAAACCACAACCAAGUGCUCCAAAAAGUAUGACCCCGAGCUGUCAUCCCGGCAGUUCGGCGUGGAGCUCUCCCGGUUGACCAGUGAGGAGCGUGCAGUGCCAGUACUGGUGGAGAAGCUCAUCAACUACAUCGAAAUGCAUGGGCUGUACACAGAAGGCAUUUACAGAAAAUCAGGGUCCACCAACAAGAUCAAGGAGCUGCGGCAAGGACUCGAUACAGAUAUCGAUAAUGUAAAUUUAGACGACUACAACAUCCACGUCAUCGCCAGCGUGUUCAAGCAGUGGCUCCGAGAUCUGCCCAACCCUCUCAUGACCUUCGAGCUUUAUGAGGAGUUUCUGCGGGCAAUGGGCCUCCAAGAGAGGAAGGAGACAGUGCGGGGAGUGUAUUCGGUCAUUGACCAGCUCUCCCGCACCCAUCUCAGCACCCUGGAGCGUCUCAUCUUCCACCUGGUGAGGAUUGCCCUCCAAGAAGAGACCAAUCGUAUGUCAGCUAAUGCCUUGGCCAUCGUCUUUGCUCCUUGUAUCCUCCGCUGCCCCGAUACGACAGACCCGCUGCAGAGUGUUCAGGAUAUCAGUAAAACAACCACUUGUGUAGAAUUAAUCGUCAUUGAGCAGAUGAACAAAUACAAGGCUCGUCUCAAGGACAUCAACAGCCUGGAGUUUGCAGAGAACAAAGCCAAGAGCCGCCUCUCUUUGAUCCGCAGAUCAAUGAAACCCGUACUAAUUGCAGUUAGAUUUAUGAGCAUAACCCGCAGUUCAAUCCCGGGCAAAGGACGUGUGCGACGUGGUGCCUACCCCAGCCCGACAUCUCCUGUUGCUGUGCGCUUGCCUGUGGUAACAGAUGUCCCCGAGGAGACCAUGAGCAGCGAGGAAGCCCUGGAGAUGGAGGUGACAGAGCAGCAGCAAAUGGCCAUGCAGCAGGAGGAGAAGGUGCUGACUGAGCAGAUUGAGAGCCUGCAGAAGGAAAAGGAGGAGCUGACGUUCGAGAUGCUGACACUGGAGCCCCGCGCCUCCGACGAUGAAACCCUCGAAUCUGAAGCCUCCAUCGGCACUGCCGACAGCUCUGAAAAUCUGAACUUUGAAUCCGAAGGAGCCAUCUCUGAUCGCUCAGAGAGAAGCAUAGCACUUACCUCCCUGCGCCCCAUCAAGCCAGAGGGGCCGAGCCGGCUGCGAAGGCACCCCAGGACGCGGCCGGACCCAGCAGACUCAGCCGAUGCCUCCAUCUCCUCCUCCUCCCAGUCAUCCACCUCCUGCUUGCCCCACCUGCCCCGAAAGCGCUUCCAGAUGUACUCCAAAUCACCUUUCUACAGAGCAGGGGGGCUUGGCGAGCCCCCUGAAACCCGGGCAAGCCCCGAGGGCUUCGUGGGGCCUCUCUGUUAUCCCGAGGACCGGCCUCAGUUCACCACCCGCGGGACUUUCAACCCAGAGAAAGGCAAACAGAAACUGAAGAGUGUGAAAACUUCCCCCCCAAAAACCAAAGAGCCCCCAGAUGGGGGGAUGGGGGGGGGACACAAGAGGAACCCCGAGGCUGACUGUGCCACCACCCAGCCCCUCGUCCUCCUGGGGAGCAACGAGUUCAUGGUCUGAGAUGCUCUGUCCCAGGGAUGCGGUGCACGCCCAAGCGCAUCCUGCCCAUCGGCAGCACCGGCAGCGCUCCCCAUGGCUUCCUCCUUAAUGCCAGGGGGAGGAAUUCUUAAUUAAAAAGGCUGGUGGGGGACGGUUUUAACGGUGGCCUUAAUGGUUUGGGGGGGACUGAGACCUUCGGGGGGUGGGGGGGGGGUUGGACCAGGGAUGGAGGGGCACUGGCUGGCCCCUGCACCUUUCCCUUCAGAGCAUCCCAUGUCUCGGAGCAUCGUGCUGCCAAAUCCUUGUACUGAAUCGCCGUUGCUGUCAGUAGGAGAAAACCAAUCCUAAAAAUCCUGUGGGAGCAUCCCAAGCCAAUGCCGGCUCCACUCCAGCCAGCCAAGCCCUCCGCGCUUUAACCACCUCAUCCACACCAACGCCAAGCGCAUGGAAAAGCGUUAAAAUCUGCCAAAAAUCACUCUAUUUUUUUUUAUUUUAUUUUUUAAUGUGACCUAACCACCUUUCUUCUUUUUUUUUUUUUUUUUGGAGACCAUCAGUAUUAAAAAAUAAUAAUAAUAAUAAUCAAGGACUACUUGAAGCUAUAUUUGUUUAUAUGCCGGUUACUGGAGUUUCUUGUAAAUAUAUAUUAUUUUUUUUUAAUAUUUUUCCCCAGACAGAACUACUUUUUUUUUUUAAUUAUUAUUAUUUUUUGGCUGGGGAGGAGGGAAGCGAUGGGCUGAGCCGUCCUGCCAGUGUCACCAUCAGUGUCACUGUCCAUCACUGCCGCUACCACCUUGCUCUAUAUAUUGAGUUUUAUUUUGAACAAGAAAUCCCCAUGAUUUCAAAGCCGUGCCCAUGAUAAGAUUAAUUAGCAACACUAGCUAAUGACUCAGCUCUUAAUCUCUCCUGUAUCAUCAUCAUCAUAGUCACCCUCAAUGGUACCCAGAGAAGCUCUAGGUACAGGAGAAUCUCUGGAAAGGUGAAAUUAGGAGCCCCAGGGCGCUAAUUAGAUUAAUGAAGGCUGGAUACGUCCUGUCAUAUAGGCUGGGCGUCACAGGUUGAGGCUCAUCCUUUCCCAAAACACCACUGCAAAGAGGGAAAAUGCAGGAAAAUGGAGUUUUCCUGAUAAUUUUGUAUUUUGUCAGGCAUUCCCACAUCCCCGGGUUUAACUGAGCCACCCUUUCGUCCCCUCUCCCUCUGCCCAAAGGGCCGUUUCUUUUGAGGGAUGGUUUAUUUAUUGUUGCUUUUUGGUUUGGGUUUUUUUUUACUUUUGUUUUUUUCGGUUUGGUUUUGGUUUUUUUUCCAAUGGGGAAAAGCAAUAUAUGCCGCAGGGAGAGUGAGGGCAUGGGAGCAGUGUCUGGCUGGUCGCUGCAUCCCAGGAGCAAAGCAAAAGACCAAGACAGUCAUCCCCCAUCCAUAGGGAAAAUGGGAUUUUACCAUCUCCAGAUGUAAACCCAGGGAUUUGGGGACCGACCCGGGAUGUGCUGGGAAGGUGAGUGGUGGCUGUGAAAGUGAAAGCUCCUGGGGGCCCACCCCAACCCCCAGAGCUGGAAACAGCAGGAGCGCCCGGUGUCCCGCCAGAGCCAGCCCCCUGGGAGCCCCUUGGGAGCCCUUCAGCCAAACCCGCAGGAAAUCCCUGCAAAGUGGCCAGGCUGUGGGCAGGGGGGCUGGGGGGGAGGGGGCAGGGGGAGCGGGGAGCCUCCGGCCACAGCCUGCUGGCCCCGGCGGCGCGGGAGCCACAGGGACAGGGCUUCCGCAGCGCCUCCAAACACAUAUAUAUGUGUGUGUAUAUUUCAUUUGAGAGAGAGAUAUAUUUCCCUUAUAUAUAUAUAUUUUAUAUAUAUAAAGAAAAUAUAUUUAAAAGAAUAUAUAUUCUAUAUAUAAAGAAAAUAUAUAUAAAUAUAUAUAUUCUCUCUAUAAAGUAUAUAUAAAAGAA